AUGUCCCUCGGCGGCGUGCCAAAGGUGGAUGGAUACGAUGCCGACUCAUGGUCUUGGCCCCAACCACCAACCACCAACCAAACUCCAUAUCCAAGCAUGUUUGAGUCCUCCAUGUACACGGGCUUCGCACCUCAGAUGCAACCGACAGCGCGUCAACCCCCACGCCAUCAGUCGAUUGCUUCAUCUCGUGUGGUUUCAACCGCAGCGAGCACCCCACCUCCCCCCAGGCCUCAGGUCGCAGGCAGCAUGGUCAAGGCUCAACCCGCCUUUAAGCCCACAUGGCAUGGCUUCCUCGAUACCACCAAAGAUGCCAUGACUGUAGUCGAGGCCGCACUCCAGGGCCGCCUUAGCCAUAUCAGCCGCCGGCCCCAUGACAAGGAGCGCGCCGAGAUGCUCACCUCGGGAACUGUCUUGGUCUAUGAGGAGAACGCAUCUGGAAUCAAGCGCUGGACCGAUGCUGUCCACUGGUCACCCAGCCGCGUCAUGAACAACUGCCUCAUUUACCGCCAACUUGUUCGAGCACUCAAGCCUGAGGAGAAGAAGUCUGCGCUGAACCCCUCGUGUGGCUCCAAGAGGAAGCGAAAGGAAAGCAGCGGUCCUGUGCGGUCAAAGACUGGCGAGAUGCUCGAAAACUCCGAGGACGAAUACGAGAACCAAUCCUUUGAUCCUUCCCUUGCAGGCGAUGCCGACCCAAUGAACAAGGUCUACGCAAACUUUGCACAAAGCCUAACACCCGACCAGCAACGGCGAUUCUGUGGCUCCCUCAUCGACAGCUACGAAUUCAAGGAGGGCGGCUUGAUGAAGAAGACCAUUUCAGUCAAGUACCAAGGCACCCACCACCACGUCAUUUCCUACUACAGCCUCGAGGACGUUGUUAGUGGCAAGCUCAAGCGGCCAUUCCAGGACCCUAAGCUGGCCGAUAUUCAACCUCGGCCUGAACUCCUCAGUGGCUGGAAGGUUAGUCUUGAAGAUGAGGAAAGCAAGGACAUGCCCCUCAUCACCGGUUACCCACACCACAUCCAGCCGAGCCAUGUUCAACACCAUGUGCUCGGAGCCGUAACACAAGCACUCGGAGCCCAAGGAGUGAUGCAAACACAUGCUCCCCUCCACCUGGGCGUUCCUGAAUACUGGCACGGAUCCCAAUACACAUCGACUCACAAUAGCCCACAGCACUAUGGUGCCUCGCAGCCUGCCCAUCAAUACCCAGUUCAACAGCCCUCACCUCAAGCAUACACAGGUCAGCAGCACUAUGCCGCUCACCCUCCAUCUCCUCAACAAUUCUCAUCGCCCCACCCGGCUCCUUCGUCGCACUACUCCUCGCAGUCUACACGCCACUACUCGUAUGAUCACCCAUCAGCCGCACCAUCCACCUCCUACUCUCACCAUGGACCCACUUCGCAAUACCAAGCCCCACAGCCGACCUCAUACCCAAUGGCCCAGCCCGGCACUUUUGAACCCCAAGCCAUUACGGCCCAGAACUCCCCGGCAUCGCAACAACCAAGCCAGAUUCCAGUUUCCCAGGCGGGUCAAGGUAGAAGAUCCUCGGCUCCCAUUGCUCUUCAACCGCUGCCCCAAACGCAGUACCCCUCGGCUCCUCACCCUCACUCCUACUAUGUCACGGACGAAAAGUAUGUUCCUGAGGAAAAGUACAAUGCGAGCGCGCACCCUGGCUACUAA